CAGAAAACCGGGUCUUAAAGGACCCUCCGCCCAAAUCCUUUUAGCCUUUUUGCCUACUCGAGGUCCUCUAUCGAAUGAUGUAUGAACGAACGAAAUCGGAGCCGGACACCUGGGGCGGUUCCCUCGUUAGAGUGUUUUGAUUCUAAUCAAGAUUGAAUGAACAGAGGUAAUAACAUGUUGGAUUUUGAAAAGUACAUUUUCACCUACAAAACAAAAUGUCUCCGAGAGUUUCAGAAUGUUACCUUCGGAUAACAUAACAUAAAUAGAGCAAAAAUGGUAACGCUUUAUUUCGUAACGAACAGUUGAGAGAACAUGGCAUUAAUACUGAUAUAUUACCUCAAUUUCCUUCGGUACUCAAAACACAGGAUAAGUCAAAUGAUUUUCGAUCUGAUAAAGUUUUCCAUGAGUAAUAACAAAUAUUACUCUGUAUUAUCACCCAUCAACCAGGAAAUAAAAUUUUAUUGUAACCUCAUUCCCACAGAAUGGAAGCCCAUGUCUUCUGUUGCGUGUAAUAGAUCACCUGGCUUUCUAAUUCGACUAACCAACCAUAGUUGUCAAAGAAAAUUUAAAAUUCGUAAAAAUCUUAAAGCAAAGAUUAACGAAUUGUUAUACAGGAAAUAACGCUGUUGUUUAUUCGCGGCUUCAGAGUUUUUCUUCUUCUUCUCUGCCUGCAGGCAUUAGAGGUUAGAUCAUAUUUAGUUUCUAUCGUUUUGAGAGUAACAUAAUUGAGAAGUUGCUGGAUCAUAGAAACGACGACACUUUCCUACACUCGAUGUUGCGAGUAAAAAAACUGCGUGAAUGUUAAAACAUCAGUCGUUUAUUGAACAGAAAAGUUUCGAAUCAUAGAACUCGAUCGGAUCUUACAAGCAAAGAGGUCAUGACGAAAAUUGGCUAACGGAUCGUACGACAGAGGCGAUAAGUAAACAAAAAGAAUUGUAAUCUUUGCUUCAGCUACGACUUACUGAUAAAGAAAGAACAAUGCAAAAUUCUGAGACCUGACGGAUUCAUGAUUUCAAGGUUUCCUAGACCUUAAACCUUGAAAAAAUUAGCACAAAACGGUGUGGUAGCAUCAGAAGGCCGUAGCUUUCUAAUAUGGAUUUUACAGAAAUGUCUACAAAACAGCCUUCUAAUCCGGUUGGCUUUCUAACUCGGUCUCGAUAAAAUAGUGUGUAAGUGGAAAGGAAUACCUGCAUGUUUUUGUAGCCACACUUCACUGUCUAAUAUUCAUAAUUCUGCCAAUGAUUAUGAACUUGGUUCAAAAAGACUUCCGAAAAAUAUUAUAAUAAGCUUCCGCAACAUCCUUGGUACUGCCGAAACUCUGAUUUCUUAGUACUGUCAGAUUGAUCUUCUGGAGAUGUAUAGAAAACCAAGGUCUCGAAUAUAAAGUUUUUCGCUAAUUUACGGAAGUCACUUUCUAAGAAAUAUUAUCGAUGUUCCGAAAUUUAUUUCAGUUUAUUUUUGCCUAUUAACAAGACAAGUAGCAGAAGAAAUGUUCAAGAUGAAAGCAGUGUAUGUGGCAAUGAAGAAGGUUAUAAUACAUUCGAAUUCGAUUGAAAAUGAUCCACAGCAAAAGUCAACGAUGCCUUCUAUUGCACUGAUUAAAGAAGCACUUCGUCUAAUACAUUGUGCAGCAGUUCAGAUGCAUUGUUUAUACGAUAAGCAUUUGAAGGAAACGAUAAAAAUGAUACUGAAACAAAAUUGUCGCACUAUUCUAAUCAUACAUGAUGAUCGUCACUGGUUAACAGUGUCAGAUUUCAAACCGUUUCGUAAUUUUUUGAUAAUGGAUAUAAGUUAUCAAGGAAUAACAAACCAAUUAUUUCAGUUGUUAUCGACGUAUAUUAAUACUAAAGCCUAUGGCUACACUUAUUAUACAUUUGAAGUAGAACCGAUUCCACAACAUACGAUUGAAAAUGCUGCUGAUGCAUAUGUAGCACUGGCCUAUGGAACAUUAUCGUUGUUGAACGUCGGAGAUAUCAACAAGAAUAUUUCUCAUACGGUUUUCGAUUAG